AAGAUAUGGAUAAAGAAAGUUUUGUCAAUUUUCAUUCUUUUCUCAUUAUUUGUAAGAAAAUGUUAUAAAUUAUCGUAAAUCGCUAUUAUUGGAUUUUAUUUUAUACAAUCGCGCAGUUUUUGUAAGACAAGUGACUCGAGAAAUGUUAUUGUACCAAUUUACAUGAGCGCUGCCGCUGAUUGAACCAAAAAUGGAGGCCUCCAAUAACACUGACUCCGUGAAUCUUGGCGUAGGUGAAGUCGAAGCUGAAAUAGGAGAAGAAUUAAAGCAAUUAGAGGAAGUCAAAGACUACGACACUCGUAGCGAAGUAUCUAGUUCGACUUCGAGUGAUUCAAGCGCUCCAAGCAUCAGCUCGGCCAGUACCAAAUCAAAAGAGAGACGCGUUACCCGCAAACGCAACAAAUCCGAAAGCCGUUCGCCGGUGCAAAAUAAACGAAGAUGCGUUGCAAAUCCCACUACCGCAAAUAAACGAAAAACUUAUGAUUAUAUGACAAAAUUAAACUACUUGUUCCGUGAUACGCGCUUUUUCUUGAUAAAAUCAAACAAUGCGGAGAACAUAACUCUGUCCAAGGCCAAGGGCGUUUGGUCUACCUUGCCACAAAAUGAAGCAAACUUGAACCAAGCGUACAGAGAAUCCAGAAACGUAUUGCUUAUAUUUUCAGUGAAAGAAAGUGGUCGAUUUGCGGGAUUUGCCCGCUUGGCAAGCGAGUCCCGGCGAGAUGUACCGCCCAUAUCGUGGGUUUUGCCUCCAGGGCUGUCAGCGAAGGUUUUGGACGGUGUUUUCAAAGUUGACUGGAUAUGUCGUAAAGAGUUGCCCUUUAACAGUACUUUGCAUUUGUAUAACCCCUGGAAUGAAGGCAAACCAGUCAAGAUAGGAAGAGAUGGGCAGGAAAUUGAACCAAAAGUGGCAGAAGAAUUGUGUAGAUUAUUCCCGGAGGAUGAUGGUAUUGAAAUGACGCCUAUAUUGCGUAAGUCCAAAGAAGCUUCCAAGAAAGGAUAUCUCAAGAGUGGUGGAAGUUACAGAACAUAUCGGGCUCCACUGACAUCCAGAAGUUCCAGCUUUAGGAGCCGUUUAAGCACAUCUUCAAGGAGCCGACGAAAAAUAUUUAUGUCACCAAGGACCCGUUUAUCUUCAACCUCAUAUAAGCGACGAUCGCCUUCUCCAUACAUGCGUGACCGCCUGCCAGCAUGGUUCAGUCGUAAUCGUGAUGGAUACAGUGCCAGUAGCUCUGCAGCAGCAGAAGCCUAUGUAGCAGAAUAUAUGAGGUCCAUGCACCAUCAGCUACCUCCAUUACCAUAUGUUCCCCCGCCAGGCUUUAGUGGUGCCCUAUCUUCGUACGAUGGGUUGCCACCACCACCACCGCCGCCGCCGCCGCGUUACUAUGAUUUAGCUGAUUAUACCCGUUCAGUGCUUGUGUAUGAUAAGAGGUCGUAUGAACGGUCAGUGGAUGAGUUUUUAUGGCGUACGUCAGAUCGUUCUCGUGGCCGUAGUCGUGAACGUGAAUCACACAGGUCUUAUAGAGAUCGGCGAUAGAACUGUAUUGACCACCGAUGUAAUGAUAAUUUGAUAAUAUCUAAUAAAAAUUUGUGUUUGAACUUUGAACUUUAUUCAGUUAUUAAGUGUUGUGAUGAACCAUACAUUGGAAAUGUCAAUGAUAGUACAAAUGGACAGUUUUAAAUUUUGAUCAGCAUUUCAUAAAUGAGACUAUUUGAAAUGAUCAGUGAUAUCAGUGGAAACUAGGUAACAGCUUUCUUUUUCAGAGUGCUUUACAUGGACACAACAUUGUCAUGCACUUAGAUGCUUUGACUAAACAUAGCUUUUGAUAGGAUGUGUUUAUGAAAAAUGUAACCCAGACCAAAAACCUAAGCAGUGUAAUUUUACGAUUUUUUAAAUUGAACAUUUGUGAUACAUUUUUGUGAGAACGAAAAGUAUCCAGACAAACAUACUGUUAUAGAAGACUUUUAAACUUGUACAACUGUAUAUGGUUGUGUGAACAUCUGUGAUAUUUUCUC